AUGGUGCACAUCGCUGGAGCCGAGACGGCACGGGCCAUGUGGGAGCAGCUUCGCACAGUCAAGGAACAGCGUGGACAGCAUGGAAUUCUCGCGCUGUGCCAGCGUUUUUACCGGAUGCAAGCCAAGGAAGAAGAUAAUAUCUCCAGUCACAUUACACAGCUACGACAGAUCCAGGAACAACUCCACCUAAUGGGGAAGGUUGUUUCUGACAAGAAUUUCCGGCUCAUUCUGGCUACCUCAUUACCGGAGAGCUGGGACUCUUUCCUCAGCUCUUACUUUGGCGCCGUGGGCGGCAAUGUUGGCGCUGAAGGUGCUGACAACGUGUGCCCUCAGCUUACAUCACAAGAAUUGAUUGCCAUCAUUCUUGAUGAAAAUAGGCGAAGGCACGAGCGUGGCGAGCGCAGUCAAUCCUCGGACCAAGCCAUGGUUGCCAAAGGAAAGAAGCGCCCCUUUGGGGAAUACAAAAAAUGUUCGAUCUGCGGAAAGCCGGGACAUUUUGGUAACGAGUGUCAGCACCGCGACAAGGUCAAAUGUAUGAAUUGCGGAAAAUUUGGGCAUAAGGCCGCGGAUUGUUGGGCUAAAGGCGGCGGCAAAGCCGGACAGGGCCCGCCGAUAAAACGGCAAAAGAUGGAACGUGCUUAUGAAGCGCGCGAGGUCAAAUCGAAAGAGGAUGAGGCAAAAAUAGCUUACGAUAAUGAUAGUGACACUGUAUCUCUCGGAUCUGAUGGCAAAAUCGCUUCUUUCUAUGAGUGGUUUGCCGACUCCGGGACAACUUCGCACAUUACAAAUCGUCGUGAAGUCUUCGCGACCUAUCAGGCACUCGAAGAUCACGCGAUCACGGGCAUCGGACCGCAACCAAUGCAGGCAUUGGGCCGCAGUACGAUCGAUGUCGAAAGUGAAGUAGGAGACCAGAAAGUGAAAUUCCGUCUCCACGGUGUACUGUAUGCGCUGACAGCACCCAAUAGCCUCCUCUCCAUCACGCGUUUGGACAAUGCGGGAGGAAGAGUACUUAUGGUCAACAAGCUCAACAUGUCUGUAGGCCAUGCGGUGGAUUCUCGAGAAUACGACCGCCUUGUGCGGCGAAUCAAGACGCUCACGACAGUACUCAAGGAAGUCAAGGCUCACCUCGGUGCGCCGCAGAGCAUUGCAGGCCGACAGGCUGGACACGCAAAGACAUAUCACAACAUUGCCACUCUGCUUACUCGUGGUACUGAGGACGAUGCGCAUGGUUCGAAGGUUAUCGCCGUGACGGGGAAAUCCACUUCGGAGGGCACCGUGGUAGCGAUCAGUGAACAUGACGAGGAUGACAAGAACGCGGAUAUUUCUGUCGGCAUGCUCCCAGCGAUGCAGAACUCUGUCGCAAAGGAGGAGUUGACGGUAGCAUUGGACAUAGAUUGGAUCCCAGCCAGCGAAAAGAGAUUAGCCGAUCUCGGAAGCUCCGACAAAACGGAUGUCGACAUUACAUUGAAAGAACAUGUGGGCGAUACAAUUUCCGCUCUCAUGCAGAUACCUCCUCGACGUGAUCCCUCUUUCGUGGCAUGUGUUACUUCCUUCACACGCUUCGCCGUCAGGAGGUCCUGCAAGAGCAUGCUGCAGCGUUACGAGAUGAGGCGCAAAAUCUGGGAUAAGGAUUUAUUCGAGAUUCUCAAGUCUUGGACACCUGAGCUUUCAGACACACUCGAUGAGAAGUUCAUACCGGCUUCGUCGGUUGGCAUAAUUCUGCAGCAAUCUGAUAUCCCGCUGGUUCGUUGCGGGGAUCGGGAUAUGUACGCCGUUAAUAUUGAGACGGCAGCCUCUUGGAUUUGGGUCCUCGCGGAACUUUUGUCCAAGGUCCUCUGCCCUCUAAGCUCUAUCGGUAGCAUGAUCACCGAGUGCCGUCGGGAACUGAGUACGAGGGAGUUGAACAAGGUGAUGGACAUCAGUACCAACAUCGAUAGGCUCCUAUCUGCGCGAGUAUUCGAGGCAAUCUUCAACUUGCCUUCGCUUGCGCAACUUUUGCACACCGAACGACUGAAGUUGCAGAAGAAGGACAAUCUGAGAGACCAGGACGAAUACGAAGAAAUACAAGUAUUGAGUCCCGAAGAGGACCCCUUCCCCCUCAGAUACAUCCGUACGCUCGUGGCGUGGCAUUCUGCUGUCCGUUUCUUGACAUCUCGUGGUGUUUUGUCGACCGGCCGGCCACUGUGGUUCGCCGUUAUCCGCACCCCACAUCCUGAUGAAGAUAUGGAAAGUGUGGAAAACGUGAUAAGUGAGGAAUUCCUGGCGUCUGUUAUGCGGCGAGUCUUCCCUCCGGAAUCGGGGGCGUCGGAUAAUGAGAAGGAGUCCGUAUUGGAGAAGCUCCAGUUAGCCAUUCCUUAUAGCACCAAGCAUUUCUACGGCUCAGUACACUGCGAAGCAGUCCUGAUGGCUGUGAAGGCCGCCGCAAAUUCUAUAAUUGUUCCGCCAUCUGGUAUUGACGUGCACGCACAAGCGGCUAUUUUCCAGGUCCGUCAUUUUGCAUUGUCGCACGUAUACUAA